AUCUCCACUCUCCAGGACACACCAGAAUUACUGGGCUUCCUGAGGAACACCAGCAGUCCUCCUCACCGCCACAAACGAUCUAUCAGCACCGCUCAGGAUUACAGCAAUAAAACCUUGAACUGCACUAAUGUCUCCUGUCUGAAGAUAAUGUGUGUGGUCGGCCGGUUGGAUCGCGGGCAGAGUGCUGUGGUAAAGAUCCGAUCGCGACUCUGGGCGCACACUUUCCUGCAGCGGCGUAAUGACCCCUACAUUCUCAACUCUACCGUGUCCUUUGCGGUCACAUCGAUGCCUUAUCGCAUCCAACCCGCCACGCUGCCUCAGCACAGAAGCGCGAUGGGGACUCUGGUGUUAUGGGGGACUCCUGAUGUAUCAUUCGCUGUUCCACUCUGGGUCAUCAUCUUGGCCAUAUUGCUGGGGCUGCUGGUCCUGGCCAUCCUGACAUUAGCCAUGUGGAAGUGUGGUUUCUUUGACCGGGCGCGGCCACCUGCCGAUGAUGACAUCUCUGACCAGGAGAAACUGACGUCUGAUCAAACAGGUGAUGCAUAAGACGUGACAGCUGCUGGUUGUAAGACAGCGGUUUGGGAGGGAUGCGCACCUUCUGAAUGACUUAAAUCAGAUCUGGGAUCUGUAUUAGUCGGGACCGACAUUCCUUGGCUCGAGGUCUCUCUGUGAAUCAACCGGACUGAAAGGACAAACCGAAAACUGCAGCUCCACACAGACUGGGACCAAAGCAAAGUUGGACCAGCACACUUAACAAGCUCCAUCACACACACAUGUCUUUUGUUUAUAGAUUGCGAUGAAGCACCAGAACUGAAGACAGACUGGACUUUGUUACCAAAACAAUGCUUUAAAUGUGUUACUGCACAUUUUUGUUUGAGUAACAGAGAAAGAGACUUUAGAUCUAUGCACAAGUGCUGUUGUGAGUGUGUGUAUGUGUAAGUCGGUGUGUGUGCAGGUACUGUACAUACGUGUCUAAUAGGUGUCACUUGUGUCAUUCAGUUAUUGAUGUCUAUCACCACCAGAUUUAAUUUAUCCAAGUUCACACCCACACACACAUGAGAUGCAGCCACAUGCAUAAACAGAAAAGGCACAAAGUUGAAGUGUAUAUUUAUGAAUGUAUGUGCAAUAAUUUGAGAGUUGUGUGAUACUUAAGCUUGUUUACACUGGCAUUAUUUUUAUUAGAGCUUAACGUUUCCAUUGUUUGUGUGCAUACUGUAAGUGAUUAAUUGUGAUAUUAUUGUUGCUGAAUAGAGCUUUUCUUUAGACUGAUUUAAGCCAACACGUAACAAUCAAAAAGAGAGGAACAAAGCGAUACCAGUAAGAACAAAAUAACUUAUUAUUUUCUUAUAGUGAGUAUAGAAUUUAUCUUCGAGGAACAGGCCGCAUAUUCACGGCUGAAGCGCUGUCCUGAUAAUUAACGUUUUGUCUGUCAUGUUGGAUGUUUAAAAAAAAAAUAGCGGUUGACAAGACAUCAAAAACUUGCUGCAAAGCCACAGUCCGUAUCAGAAACGCAACGCAGUCCGAGACAGAGAUGGUGUACAUUACUGCGUGCACUGUGUAUUACUUAACAGUACAUUUAAUGUUUGUUAAUUAUCUGUAUCCUGCACAGACAUGGAGAACAAAGCAGUGAGAACAUCAGCAUUUCCCUCAAUUAAAAACUAAAAGUUAACGUGUACGUUUGAGCUGCUUCCGAUUUUUGUAUCGCCUGGGAAGUUUUAUUAGAAUAAAGUGUUGCUUGAUUACUGAUUGAUUGCUGAACUUCACAUUGCCGUGUCCGCUUACAAGUUAAAGAAAUAGUAAAUGUAUUUUCUGCAAAGUGCACAGAAAACCAGUAAAGAACUUUUUGUACAUGAUAGACUGUGUACAAUAGCUUUGUGCCUUGUCAGAGGAGCAAGGUUAACGAGUUCAUUUUCCAAUAUGACAGCCUCUGCAGUUCUUUACAAAGUUUUAAAGAAGUUUUGCACCCAAGGAUAAUAAAUAAAUUGGGUAUUUCA